AUGAGCGGAGGCGACGAUUACUUCGGCCCGCAGGUGCGCGGCUACUUUGACUUUACCGUCUUAUUCGAGCAGAGCAUACUCUCCAUCCUACCGUCCGCUCUCUUCAUCCUCCUCGUCCCAGUCCGAAUCUCUUCACUUUUACGCAAUGGAAUCCGCGUCCGCUCAGGGAGACUUCUAUGGCUGAAGCUGUCAGCCGUAACCACAUUUCUCUGCCUUCAAAUAGCCCUCAUCACACUAUGGUCUCUCCCAACCGCCACAAAAACGAAAACCUCAGUAGCAGAAAGCGCAAUCGCCCUCAUCGAGGCCAUCGCAAUAGGGGUCCUGUCCUACACAGAACACAAACGCUCUGUCAGGCCGUCCCUGCUUCUCGGCGGGUACCUCGUCCUGACCAUCAUCCUCGACACCGCGCACGCCAGAACGCUGUGGAUCCGGGACGGUCUCACGCCGAUCGCAUGCGUUUUCACGGCCUCACUCGCUGUCAAGGCCGUCAUGCUCGCGUUGGAGGAGACGCCGAAGCGCGCGUACCUGCCGGACAGCGAGAAGAAUGUCGCGGUGGAGUGCACCACCGGCGUCGUGAGCAGGAGUCUAUUCUGGUGGUUGAACGGCUUGUUCUUUCAGGGUUUCAGACUGCUCAUUGGGUUGGAGGAUCUGGGGCCGAUUGAUCCCAAGUUUGACUCGACGGUUUUGCUUGGUAGACUUGACCGGGUGUGGUCCAGGGCGGCGAAAAAUAGCAAAUGGAGCCUCAUCAGAAGCGUGUUUUGGGCAUACAUAACCACCUUUCUCGCAGCGGUCCUUCCCCGAUUACUCUUUGCGGGCUUCAUCUUUUCUCAGCCCUUCCUCGUCAACCAGAUUGUAAACUUUGUCGGGAGCCCUCGAACGGAAGACUCACGGAACGUUGCUGGGGGUCUUGUCGGCGCAACGGCGUUGAUAUACUGUGGAAUUGCUGUCUCAAGAUGCUGGUACCAGCACAUGACUUUCCAGCUUGUGACGCUCUUCCGCGGCGGUCUCAUCUCCCUCAUCUUCAAGAAGACGCUCAGCCUCGAUGCUUCCAUGAUCAAGGACUUGGCGCCCGUGACGCUCAUGAGCGUUGACAUUGAGGCUAUUGCUGCGUCCAUGACCUUCAUUCAUGACGUCUGGGCGGCGGCCAUUGAACUCCCGAUCGGAGUGUAUCUGCUUUACCGACAGGUCGGCCCUCCCUGCUUUCUCCUGCUCAUUCCAGGCCUAGUCUGCACUGCUGUCACAUCCAAACUCUCCACCCUCAUGGCGCCGGCACGUGUGGCAUGGAACCAAGGCGUGCAGAAGCGUGUCUCCAUCACCUCGUCCAUGCUCACGCAGAUCAAGGGCAUCAAGAUGAUGGGUCUGACGGACCACUUCUCCGAUAUCAUCCAGAAGCUGCGCGUCUCGGAGCUGAAGCUCUCCACCAAGUUCAGAAUCCUCGUCACCGUUCUGAGUAUCAUCGGCGGAGUUGCACAGCAAUUCACUCCAAUCGUUAUCAUCGCCGCCGCCGUCUUCUGGACAAGAGCGGAGCAAGGGCUCACCAUCGCCGAGGCGUUUACAGCUCUGUCCAUCAUCGUUCUGGUAUCGCAGCCCCUCAUGAAGCUCAUCUCGUCCAUUAUGCAGCUCAUGGGUGCCAUUGGCUGCUUCACGCGCAUUCAAGACUUCCUCCUCUUGGAUGAGAUUGUCGACCAGCGGCAGAUCAUCACGGGCUCUUCCAAGGUUUCUCAGGACUCUGACCGCGCGCUGCCUAGUAGUAUGCGCGGCGGCUCCGAUUUGCAGCCUCUAACUCCGCAAGCUAUCCAGCUGGCCAAUGAUAAUGAAAUUGAGCUUGUGUCUUUGAGGAGGACGGAUCGAUCCUCCGUCGCCUCGGGCGAUACCAACAAGCCCGUGGUCAUUAUGGAAGAUGCGACGCUAGUUCUGAAAGACGGCACCGAGAUGAUGAAGAAUGUGUCUCUCACCCUUCGACAAGCUACCAUAUCAAUGCUCGUCGGACGUGUAGGUUGCGGAAAGUCAUCGCUGCUGAAAGCCAUACUAGGAGAAACCGGCAUCUCGACCGGGAGCAUCACGCUUCACACCUUGUCCGUCGCCUUUUGCGACCAGUCCGCCUGGCUGCGCAACGUUUCUAUCAAGGACAACGUCAUCGGCCAGGCACCUUUCGACCAAGCCUGGUUCUCUGCCGUUGUGCACGCCUGCACGCUAGACGAAGACAUUGCGCUGUUCUCCGAGGCCGAGGAUACCAUUGUCGGCACUGGUGGCGUAGCUCUGAGCGGCGGUCAGAAGCAGAGAGUGGCUUUGGCUCGCGCCGUCUACUCUCGCAGGAAACUCCUUCUUCUAGACGACGUCUUCAGCGGCCUUGAUAAUUCAACGUCCAAAGCUGUCUUCCGGCGUCUUCUAGGCCCGGGCGGGCUCCUACGUCAAGCGGGCAUGACGGUGUUGCUCGCAACGAACCAUGUCAACUUCCUCCGCUCGGCCGACUAUAUCACCAUGAUUCAAGAUAGUACCAUUCUCCAUAACCAAGUCUCUUUCGACUCUCUUCCGCGCUCCGCAUGGGGCCAUCUCGUUGAGGAAGAGACCAAAGGCAAAGACCCCGCAGAAGACGAUGAAUCAACCGAGGAUCCGGUCAAAGGCUCGAAGCCUACUAGAGCAGAUCGACCCGUCGCCGUCGCUCCCAGAGGCACAGAGGCCGAGCUGACGAGGCAGACGGGUGACACCGAGUGCUACCGGAUGUACCUCAACUCAAUCGGAUGGCCCAUCUUGAUUGUGUUUCUCAUCCUGAAUAUCUUGUUUGUUGCUUUCACCAAGAUGCCUCAAAUUUGGUUGCGAAUUUGGACUGAGCACGGCACGAACGACCGGCCGGCUAUGCAUUUUGGUAUCUAUGUCAUGUUUGGUCUCCUCUGCAUCGUUCUCAACGGCGCAUCACUAGGUUUCUGGAUGCUCCUCGCCAUCCCCCGAUCCGCGAACCACCUCCAUCAAACUCUUCUCCAAGCAGCUCUUGCCGCACCACUCUACUUCUUCACAACAACAGACAGCGGCGUAACCCUCAACCGCUUCAGCCAAGACAUUGCCCUCAUAGACCACCGCCUCCCCGUUUCCGCCUGGACCGCAAUGUACAGCUUUCUCACCGUCCUCGCCGAGACCGCCAUCAUCGCCACGGGAAGCUCCUACAUCGCCGCGCUCAUCCCCCCGUCCUUCCUGGCGCUCUAUCUCUUGCAAAAGUAUUACCUUCGCACCUCCCGCCAGCUCCGCCACAUCGACCUCGAAGCAAAAUCCCCGCUCUUCACCCACUUCUCCGAGGUCCUGGCCGGGUUACCCACCAUCCGCGCCUUCGCCUGGUCCCCCGCCAUGCUCCGCGAGAACCACGCGCUGCUCGACGCCUCGCAGCGGCCGUAUUACCUCUUCUUCUGCGUCCAGCGGUGGCUCAACGUCGUUCUGGACCUGUUUAUCGCGGGCAUGGCCGUCGUUCUCGUGGCGUUUGCGCUGUACUUUACAAACGCCACGACGAUGGGCGCCAUCGGCCUCGCCAUGGUGAAUAUCAUCAACUUUAACCAGACGCUGAGCGACUUCAUCGAGAUGUGGACCAUGUUGGAGACGAGCCUUGGUGCGAUCGCCAGGUUGAAGUAUUUUGUGCGGUAUACCCCGCGGGAGGACCGUGAUGGCGAGACGGAUGAGAUGCCGCCGGCGUGGCCGGGGGGCGGAAAGAUUGAGAUUGAGAACGUGACGGCUGCUUAUAGGCAAGUCGACGAAACUGAACCAGUCGUCAGGAAUGUAUCCCUGACAAUACAACCGGGUCAGAGGGUUGGUAUAUGCGGUCGCUCCGGCUCCGGUAAAUCCUCUCUCCUCCUCACACUCCUCCGCCUGCUCGAUCUCAAGUCUGUAGAAGAAGGAGGAGGAGACCUCAAGAUCGCCUCCCAUUCCCUCCUAACCCUCCCCCGCUCCACCAUCCGCACAUCCCUCACCACACUCCCACAAGAUCCCGUCCUCCUACCAGGCUCCGUCCGCGAGAACCUCGAUCCCGGAGGCCACACCCCCGACGCGGAUCUGAUUUCCGCCCUGCGCAAGAUGAAGGUCUGGGAACCCAUCGAAGCGCGGGGUGGUCUCGACGCAGAAAUGUCCGCGACGGGGCUGAGCGCGGGACAGAAGCAGCUAUUCUGCCUCGCGAGGGCGUUGUUGAGGAUGCAGACGCGGGGGGAAGGUAUUGUGUUGCUUGACGAGGCGACGAGCAACGUUGAUCAUGCUACUGAUGAGGAGGUUAGAAAGGUGCUGGGGGAGGAGUUUGAGGAGGCGGGCGUUACUGUUGUUGAGGUCGCGCAUCGGUUGGAGGCUAUUGUUGGGUAUGAUGUCGUCGUUGUGAUGCAUGAGGGCCGGGUGGUAGAGGUUGGUAAGCCAAAGGAGUUGUUGGGUCGGGCAUCGCGGUUUAGGAAUCUUUGGGAUAGUCGGGGGGCUUGA